AUGGCCUUCAUGGCAGGCUUUUGGGACACUGUUCUGUCCAGAUUUCAGGCCACAAGUCUGCAACUUCAAAAAGCAGACAUGGACCUUGGCAGCUCCACACCCCCACCAACCUGCUGCUCCUCUCCCUGGCCGUCUCAGACCUCCUGGUGGGCCGUCUACAUCGAGAUCUGCUGGUUCCUGGGGGACUGGGUGUGCACGCUGUACUACACCCUGGACUAUGUCAUCACCUCGGCCUCCGUGGUCAACAUGGUGCUCAUCUCCCUGGACCGCUACGUGGCCGUCUGCGACCCCCUGCGCUACCCCUCCAGGGUGACCACGGGCGCGGCUAGACUGGACGUGUGCCUGUGCUGGUUUUCCUCUGUGGUCUUCAGGCUGCUGCUAGUCCAGGAUCACAUCGCGGAGCCCGGCCGGUCCAGCUCCUGCCUGGGGGAGUGCGUGACAAACGGCUACUACACCGGGGUGGUGGACACGGUCUUCACCUUCAUCCUGCCCAUCGCCGUCAUCUUGGUGCUGUACGGUCGGGUGUUUUCGGCGGUUCUGGCCCAGGCCCGGACGCUGCGAUCUCGGGUGGCCGCCAUCGGUCCUCGCCAUCCGGGGGCCGCCGCCGCCGUGAGGAGGAGCGAGCUGAAGGCGGCCCACACUCUGGGCAUCGUGGUGGUGGUGUUCCUCAUCUGCUUCUGCCCGUAUUACUUCCCGGCCCUGGAGGGGGAAGACACCUCGGUGGACGCCUCGUCCGCCGCCUUCGAGAUCUGGCUGGCCCACUUCAACCAACUUUUGCCGCUCAACCGAAAUCAACAACAAGGACUUUAUGGUGGACACAGAGGACACAUGUUCCUGUAUAGUCGCUACGUGCCUGAAGUGUGCGAUGGAGACGAUGACCAGCAGGUUGAGGGCCACGGUGAUGACGGAAAUGCUGGAGAGCAGCACGUAGACCAGCAUGGCGGCCGUUUCCCGGCGGGCCGGCCUCCUGCAGGAGGAGAAGCCGAGUUCUGCGUCCCGCAGCUGAACUCCUCCUGCCGGAGGCCGGCCCGCCGGGAAACGGCCGCCAUGCUGGUCUACGUCCUGCUCUCCAGCAUCUCCGUCAUCACCGUGGCCCUCAACCUGCUGGUCAUCGUCUCCAUCGCACACUUCAGGCACUGUGAGAUGGAGAUGAUGACCAGCAGGUUCAGAGUCACAGUGAGCAGAGAGAAGGAGGACAGACUGAUGAAGAUGAGGACGGAUGUUGAGGGAGGAUAUGUUAUCUUCCUGCAGGAACUGUUCAGGAGUUCUGGAAAGCAGAGUUCAGCUCCAUCCAUCAUGGGGAGCUGA